AUGUCUGCUCACAAGGACGUCGAGCAACAUUUGGGGGCGGGAGAGUGGGAGGUCGUUGACGGACCCGUCAUCCCCCUCGCGGAAUCCAACCCAUUCGCGGAUUCUACUCCUUCAUUCCCUACGUCUCCAUUCGCGGACCCUCCUUCCCAGGACUCGGAUUCUUCGGAUUACGAUUCCGACCAGUUCGAUCUCGGGGACUACGAUCUCGAGGACCCGUUCGCCAACUGGGACGGCGGAGCCGCCACGGGUGAGGAGCCCGCCCAUGCCACAAGCGAGACCAGCGAGCGCCCCGCCGCCCCCUACAUCCCCUCCUCCCUCCAAGCCAUUGCUAAGCGGGAGAAACUCCCGCAGCGGUACGUGGAGUGGGUCCUGCCCCGCGUCAUCAAAUGUCUAGCCUGUGACGCCGAGGUCGUCACCGGCGGCGGCGGCGCGCUUUGGUGCCUCGUCGUCGAGGAAACCGCCCCCGUCAAGAACCUGUGGGCGGCGUGCCCGCGGUGCGAAACCCCAUUCCAUGCCAGUUGGCCCCAGGGGCCGCGGGGCCGCCUGUGCCUCGGUGGCGCGCACUUCCCGCCGCGGGCGCGGCCCGGGGUGAUCGAGCUGAGGUUCUCGGCUAGGUUCGACAGGUCGGACCCGGCGAACCCCGUGAUGCUGCCGGGCCCGGGCGGCGACGGGAAGGUGAGGGUCGGCAGCGGGAAGUCGGCGGCGGGCGAGGUCGAGGAUGAAGAAGACCUCCCAGACCUAAUGCUAUCCAUCGACCUCAGUAAGAUCCCCGCGUUCCGGAGGACCGUGGAUUCCCGCGGCGAAGCAGAUCUGGGCCUAAAGCUGGUCCUCGGUUACGGCGACCAGCCGGCAGAGGAUGACCCACGGAGUGGCUGGAACGUUACAGGUACGAGGUUUGCUUUGGACAAGGGUGAGUUCCCGGGGUAUCUGCGGUCCCCCGCAUCUCAGUAG